AUGCUGUUGAGAUAUUCUACUUACCCGGCUCAUCGCCACAGCGACAGUAGAAGCAUAUGCCGCAUGGCUCGGAAAUUAUCAGCGACCACUUGCUCGCCGAUCUCAGGCACAGGGACAUCAAUCUUGGGCUCUGAUUGCUGCAGGGCACGCAUGGUCUUGGGUACGGAGGUGGCCAUGAUUGAAUGGGACAUCCUCAACGGAUCGUUAGACUUCGCUGUUGGCUGGGGUGUCUUGGCUGUCUUGUUUGCUCUUUGCGCUUUGUGA